CGGUCCGGGCCUGGGGGGAGGCCGGUUCCCGUUCCCCUACACGCCCUACCUCAUCCAGGAGCGGUUCAUGGCGGCGCUGUACAGCGCGCUGGAGGCAGGCUGCGUCGGGAUCUUCGAGAGCCCCACGGGCACGGGAAAGUCGCUGAGUCUUAUCUGCGGGGCCCUCUCCUGGCUCCGAGACUUUGAGGAGAAAAAGCAUCAGGAGGAGGCGCGACUUCUGGCGCUGGAGGACAGCGGGCAGGAAGGGAAGAAACAGCUGACCUCGGUGGAGCCAGGACACCCAGACAGCAGAGACACUGCUGGGGAACCGGACUGGGUCACAGCGUUUGUGCAGAAGAAAGAAGCGCGAGACGUGGUGGACCGGCUGAAGGAGGAGCAGCUGAAGAGGAAGAGGCGGGAAGCUCGUCUGGAGCAGCUUCGCCAUACGGCGCAGUUAAAAUACGGGGUGAAGAGGAAGAGAGCUGAGGAGGAUGAGACAAGGCGACUUCUGCAGCUCAGCAGGGAGGUUCUGUCAGAGGGAGCCGGAGUGGAUGUGCUGGAGAAGCUGGAUCACAAUGAGGAGGAGCUGAUCCUUGCUGACUAUGAGAGCGAUGAAGACAAGAAAGUGAUACCUGGGCUUGAAGAUGACGAUGAUGAUGAUUUGGAAGAGGAGCAUGUCACUAAGAUCUACUACUGCAGCCGCACUCACUCCCAGCUGUCUCAGUUUGUGCAUGAGGUGCAAAAGAGUCCUUUUGGCAAAGACACACGGCUGGUCUCCUUGGCAUCCAGGCAGAACCUGUGUGUGAAUGAGGAGGUGCGGCGCCUGGGGGCUCUCCAGGUCAUCAAUGACCGCUGCAUGGAGAUGCAAAAGAACAAACACGGUAGGAACGCUUCCAGCCUGGGAAAGCAGUCACUGAUAAAGCUGGUAGCACAGUCUGGAGACAGCCUGCACUGCCAUCAGUUCUAG